GCCUGCUGGACACUGAAUUGGGGCGAAGGAAGGAGCAGCUGGGAGGUUCCUUAUGGAGCGCUUUGCCCUUUGCACUUGCGUGAAAAGCCUACACUAUUAAUAUUCGAGUGAGCAUCAAAAAAGGACUACUUGCAUUACCAUGUUGCAUAUAGUACUUACAUGUGAAUCGAUCUAUUUCUGACAUAUCCACAUAGCGUUCUUUUGCUCCCGUAUUGCUGACAACGCAGUUGUGGUCAAUAUAUAAACCCAUAUGCUUAACUUAAAGAAAACCUUCGAUCUUCAGAAAGAUGUGUUUUCGCAUAUUUUGAGAAACGACAACUCAACGGGAAAGGUGAAAGCAGAAACAAAUGGGAGAAUUCACAACGUUGAGAGAGAUGGGGGCAUCCUAUAUUCCUGGAAAGAAACGCCUGGGACGACUAGAAUAGGGAAAUAUGAUCUCAACACGAAGGUGCAUAAGCUUCUCUAUGUUUUUGAUGAGGAUGUGUUGGUCAGUAGCUGCUCACUCAACAAGGAGGAGACUCUACUGGCCGUCAGUCUGUCACAGAGGUCAAAGAAGGAGGGUCACUUGAGACCUGUGCCAAAGUUUCUCACACUGCUCAUUGAGAUACAGCCGAUAAACAACACCAAGGUUUUGAAGGCUGUCGACUGCACUGUCAGAGUGCAGUUUCUGUAUCCUGAGCCUGGGAAGAGAUUAGUGACUGAAAGCCACCUGUUGCUGAUAGUAGAAGAUGGAUAUGUUGAGCAGUUCCAUAUCCCCCUGACAAAACUAGAGGGCUAUAGAGUGGUGAUUCUGAACCCAGAAGGUCUGGCAAAAGAUAGGAUUGCAGAGGAACUCUUUUGGGUGCAGUGGGAUGGAGAGACACAAAGACUAUUUUACAUCACCUCCAGGGAAAGGCCCAUAGUGAAAUGUCUGCAGUUUUACCCUGACUGCAAUUGUGAAACUGUGUUUGAGAUCCCCGUGGACUUGGCUACCAAUCCCUUCAUGUCUACGAGGUUUGUUAACUUGGGCUGUGACUAUUACAAAGAUGACAAAGUGGAAAAUGAGGGGUUGAACUUGGUCAUGCUCACGAGUAAAACAGAAAGGAGCAUGUGCAUGUGCUACAGUCAGCAUCUCUGUGCUAACGAGGACAUUACGUACACGAUCGCAUUUGUGCACAGAGGCUACAGUAGGACCUACACUGUGGCCCGAGAAGAAGGCUUUACCUUCAACUCCAGAAUACUCUUCUUUCAACUGGGAUACUACAUUGUGGUGUACUUGGCUGAUUGCUUCCUGCACCUGAUCAAUGCCAGGCAGCAAGACCUACCAUGCUACAGCCUCUUCCUCUCAGGUGCCAGUGCCAGGUUGGGUCCACUGUCCCCAGGCUGCCUGGUUCUGACCUUUCCCUGGGCCACCUUUUUGGACCCGCACAUAGGAUGCAUGUACUGGGCUGACCUUAGCAGUCCAGUCCUACUGCAGCUGCUACGGCAGCCUGGCCCGGAUGCUCAGCGGUUGGCUGCGCUGCACUGCCUGCUGGGAUACAUGGGCCCCGACCCUGAGAUGGAAAGGCAGGUUGUAGACUGGAUCUGUGAGAGUGUGAUGCCUCUCGAAUCGUUCGAUCAGAUCCAGGAGUUCAUGUUGGCCUCACUGUACAGGACAGUAUACGAGCAGUCUCCUAGUCUGGACAACGUGGAAGUUCUGCCAUAUUCAUCUCUGUUUGAGAAGAAGGACCUGUCUGAUGGCCUGAAGCUCAUUCCAGGGGUGAGGUUCACCUCCGACCUCCUUCCUCCACCCUUGUUUAGGGGAAAGGCCCAGAAUCUCCAGGGAUACUGGGAAGAGCUGCAGUGGAACACAGAGAGGAUGAAGUACUUUGAGGCUGUCCCAAACCCGCGGUUCAGAACCUCAGCAAUGUGGGCAGAGUGGACCGGGCUGCAGGCUGAGCUGAGGCUGGAGGGGAAGAAGCCUUCACAACCUUUACGAAACAUAGAGGAAAACACCAAAAAAGUCUUAUCUUUGGUGGACACCUGGCAGUUAGAUAAGAAGGUAGUUCCUCUGGUCCACAACGAAGAUCACCAGCAGAGGGCGCUGAUAGGACUGAUGGUGGACAAACUGAGAGAACACAUGAACCGCCACUUACCCCGUCUAGGGAAGAAACCCAUCGAGAGGCUGGUUGUUAGCUAUGUGGCUAAGCUGCUGAAGCUGGUCAGGCACCUUCUGGAAGCCUUAUGGGGGAAAAACAAGCUGGAACUGGUGGUCCUGUCGGUGGCACAGCAGGGCAGUGCCUCAGAGUGGGGCGUCUUCCAUAUGAUGACACGCAUCCUGGAGUCCACAGCUGGACUCUGCCUGCCUCUCCCCCCAGGAUACCACACCCUGCUGAGCGUGCUGGGCAUGCGCUGCCUCCCCCGUUACACCUUCAUGCAGUACGUGGACCACGGCCUGCUGCAGCUGACCGAGCCCUUCAUCUCGCGCCUCAUGACAGAUCUCGACAACAGCCCUGACAACGAGAGAUUGAAAUUUUGCAUCAUGAAGAGACUUCCAGAGCCAAUGGAGCAGAAGAUCUGUCAGCUCUGGGACCAUCCCAUCACAUCUGCCAGCAUUUCCAGGGGCUACGUCAAAGAACUGCUUGAAAAACGCAAGACCAAAGGCCCGACUUUUCUGGACAGUGAGAAGUCAAGCUGCUCCCCAGAAUUCCUGCCUCUCGCCUACUUGGCCAAGAUUCUCUCCGAUGUAGAAAGUCAAGCUCUGAACCCAUUUGAAGGGCAGGAGAAUGUGGACGCCAAGUUUGUGGAGGAGACUGCGCUGAAGCAGACCAUGAUCCUACUUGGUUUGGAGGACAAGUGAAGAUGAAGCCUCCAGGCAAUGGCACCAGCACAGGAAAACACUUAGGUCACUGGUCACAGUAGUGGUGACACACCUUAGGAACCAGAUGCCAGCUAUGGAUGGCUGUACCGUUGAUGCAUCAUUGUGUAACUAUGGAAACAAAAGCUUUUGUGUAUGAACCAGCUACAUAGAAACCACUUGACUCUCAUCAUCUGUGCGUGCAAUUGAAGUCAGUUUGUCUUUGUUGUUCAAUGCUGUCCUCCAGAAAUACCUUCUAAAUUUAGAUUUCCCACAUGAAGUCAUAAUAUGCAUCUUCUACAAUAACAAACUAGGAAAAAAGGGAUUUUUCUAAGACGUAAUAUUUCUGUGCAAUUUGCCGUUAUUUUAAAUAGUAUCCUUUCUGCCUUAUUACGACCAUAUUUCAGCAUGCCUCGUGUUUAUUGUAAGUGUUCGUUCUCCAUGUUCAGUUGGCGGAAAAUGCCUCUGAGUGCUGCUGUAAAACAUGAUCUUCCUGGACUUUUCAAAUGCAUUUAUUCCCAAGCCAAUGAAAACGCAAGUGGCUUCUCUGGGGGUAUUUGUCUUCGCCCCCCUUCGUGAGCAUCUGAGUGUAUACUGACUGCUCGUCUUGGCUUCCUAAUUGAGAUCCCUUGCAAAAGAUCUUUCCAGCGUCGCUUGACAUUGUUAUUGGUGAGACUGGAAAAUAAGUGUAGUGGCAUAGCAUGGGAAAUAAAUUACAACACAAUGCCUUUGGAAGAAGUGUAUACUUCAUCAUAUAUUGUAUAUACAUACUUAAUACAGGAGUGGGUGUGGCUCUUUGCCAGUGGGUGGCUCUAGGUCAUGAUAGGGGUGUUGGUUGUGGUUGGCG